AUGGAUAACACAUCCACUGUAUUUACUCUUUCUGGAUUGGAUAUGACAACAGACUACAGAACAACACUCUUCUCUCUCACUCUAAUGUGUUACUGUGUGAUUAUUAUGGUAAAUGUUGCUCUCAUUUUGACUAUAGUCCUGGAUGAAAACCUCCAUGAGCCCAUGUACAUCUUCCUGUGUAACUUGUGCAUCAGUGGCCUGUUGGGGACUUCAGGAUUCUACCCCAAGUUCCUUCUGGAUCUACUGUAUCAUUCUAAUGUAAUUUCUUAUGCAGGAUGUCUCAUUCAAGCUUUUGUAAUAUAUUCUUCUGCCUGUAGUGACUUUUCAAUUCUAGCAGUGAUGGCAUAUGACAGGUAUGUGGCAAUAUGUAGACCACUGCAAUAUCAUUCUGUUAUGACUAAGCAGUGGGUCACUCAGUUAGUAUCUUAUCCCUGGCUAUCUACAUGCUGUUUAUUCACUGCUGCUUAUACAUUAACCAGUACAUUGAGGUUGUGUGGAUCCCAUAUAGACAGACUUUACUGUGAUAACUGGUCUAUUGUUAAAUUAUCUUGCACUUCAACCAUUCCAAACAAUAUCAUUGGAUACAUAGCCAUAGUUUUCUAUUUUGGUCAUUUUAUUUUCAUUGUGUGUUCAUAUGUAUAUCUGAUCAGAUCAAGUGUAAAGUCUAUUGAAAGCAAGGCAAAGUUCAUGCAGACCUGUCUGCCACAUUUUCUGUCAUUAUUUAAUGUAACCGUGGCUUUACUUUUUGAUGUAUUGUAUACUCGAUAUGGUUCAAGAGAUCUGCCACAAAGUCUUCAGAACUUUUUGGCAAUAGAAUUUCUUGUUGUCCCACCAAUUCUUAACCCCUUAAUUUAUGGUCUUAGAUUGACUCGGGUUCAAAACAGAAUACUUCGUUUAUGUACAAAAGGUGAAAAAAAUAAAAUGUCUUUAAUGUAA